CCCCGCCUUCCCCGUCCCUACGGUGGCCGCGGGGUCGGCGGCGGCUCGUCGCUCUCCCCGCUCCGCUGAGGAGAGGGAACCGGGGGUAAGCGGCGGUGUUGGCGGCGAUGUUCUCCCGAGAGCAGGCCCGGCGAGGCCCCAGGCGGCAAAGCGGGCGCUGGGCCGGGCUUUGAGCGGGUUUAACCCCGCGGUAGGCGCUGAGGAGACGGCGAGGCCCGGAGCUGAGGAUGGGGAUCCUCUUCACUAGGAUAUGGAGGCUGUUCAACCAUCAGGCAUCCAGCCCCAGCCCAGACCUGCUGUUCCAGCUGGUUCCCUAACAUCACUAUGCUGGCAACAUCCCACCAGCAACAAAAGUUCCUAGUUAUGGGGGGUCAGAGCACAAAGUAAUCAUUGUGGGUCUGGAUAACGCAGGAAAAACCACGAUUCUUUAUCAAUUCUCCAUGAACGAAGUGGUGCACACCUCACCCACCAUCGGGAGCAACGUGGAGGAGAUCGUGGUGAACAACACACGCUUUCUGAUGUGGGAUAUCGGAGGGCAGGAGUCUCUGCGCUCUUCCUGGAACACCUACUACACGAACACCGAGUUUGUGAUAGUGGUCGUGGACAGCACAGACAGAGAGCGAAUUUCUGUGACUAAAGAAGAACUGUAUAAAAUGUUAGCACAUGAGGACUUAAAAAAGGCGGGUUUGCUGAUCUUUGCUAACAAGCAAGAUGUUAAAGAGUGUAUGACAGUAGCUGAAAUCUCUCAGUUUCUGAAGCUGACUUCAAUUAAGGAUCACCAGUGGCACAUUCAGGCGUGCUGUGCUCUAACUGGAGAGGGACUGUGCCAAGGACUGGAAUGGAUGAUGUCAAGACUUAAGAUCAGAUGAUUUUUAAUGGCCUCUUUGCACAGACAUUGCUUCAAAAGAGCUGUACCCAUGCUUACCUUCACGGUGGCAGAAUUAAUGGGUUAGAUGUAUUUAUACUGAACUGAUUUCAACUUUAUUUUCUACAUAGAUGCACACACACCUUCGUGUAUAUAAAUGAAGACGCAAUUGCGGCUCCAGUUUGGGUUCCUGUUUGUUUUCCUCCUGAGGAUGCGUUUCAAAGCUGUGAUCAACCUUCUCUUCAAGAUACAGCCACUCGGAACAGUCCAGUCUUGAACGUGGUGGAGACGAAGUGAGAGGAAGAAGCUUUUAAUUUUGAGUUUUAUUAUUCCAUUGUAGUCCUCUCUAGUUGAAGAUGUUGGCUUCAUUAUUCCAGUAAAUUAGCAAACAAAUCAAUGGCAUAGGUAUCAACUUUCCAGUAUUUUUAAGGUUACUGAUGUUACAAAUGCAAAAAUAUUUUCCUGUAUGUGUACUGUACAUAUCUGUGUAUAUUUAUACCUCAAUUUUAGGUUAAUUGCAAUCUGUUCAGACCAGUGUGUAAAGCUGAAUCAGUAUGUCAACAGUAAUACUAAUAUUUGACAUCACCAACGUGUCAGCACUUUCCUUUGUUGUCCGUGUGGCUGUAACGUCCAUCAGACAGUUGGCUCACAACUGUAUAAAGCAAACUCUCUCUUCAGACUGUUGCUUGUUUCGCACCUGAUUUUUCAGUUAGGGGUGCCAGAAUGGAUUGAGCUUCAAAUGACAGUGUCAGCAAACGGUAAAUAUUUGCCAAAGAGUUUAAAAUUAAAUGGAUUUUCUUUUUUUUUUUUUUGUAGUCAUCAUUGGAUGAGGUGGUUCCAAAAAGCGCAUGUCAUGCUGUCCUAUGGUACUGCUUUUCUUUUUUGGCAGUACAGUUCAUUUAUGAUUCCAGUCUAGCAGAAGUACCUUUAGCUGCCGUAAAGGGAAAAAUGUCAUUCUUUUUUUUCUUAACCAAAGAAGAGGCACAAAAGUACGUGAUAAAGUCCCACUGGAACCUUACAAAAAAGUCAUACUCUGCGUAAGUGUUUUUCAGAGGAAGGCACACUUCUCUUUGAUAGCAUAAAAUGUAUAUAUAUCUAUAUGCAGUGGAUGGAACUGGCGUGGGGGAUGAAACCGAUGACACUACUUGAAAAGCUGGAAGCGACCCCUGGACCGUGUUCGCACAGAAGUUCCAGGGCGGCGCUUCUUGCAAUCAGAACUCCUUUGCAUGGCCCCCGGGUGAGUCGUACGGAAGCGUCGGAACGCUGUGUGAGGAGCUUUCCUUACUGUAGCACCUAUGGGACGGGUGUCCCGUGCAGAACCUGGGCAGAAUUUCCAUGUUAAAGGAUACAGGUGCAGGCUUCUCGGCGGGGUGAAACGCUCGCAGUGUUUGCAAAGUGUACGUAGCCUUAACCGUAGGCUUUUGUGUUGGGAGGUGGAUGUUUGAGGACUAGAGCAAAAAGAAGUAAAACUUGUUUAAAAUGUCCUUCCCCUUCUUAGCUCAUGCAUCCGAUAACGGUGGAAAGGACAUUUUAAAGAAAGAGCGUAGUUCGAGCUUUGUAAGGUGCUUCUCUUUGGUGACGGGAUGGUCUCAUCAGUGCGCCUGCCCUCCCGUUCAUCUGCUGCUCUGGGCAUCGCGUGGGGAAGGAAGGGAGGAGUGUCAAAAGUCUGUAUUUAACAAAGGCAGGUAAAGAAUGGAACUUUUUAAUGUAUUUUUGGUAUCUCUGAUGCUCACUGCCUAGGGAGCCUGCUGUCUCUGUUAAACAUUUUAAUGUGUACAUGCAUAUAUUGAUAGUGCAUGCACAUAGAUAUCGGUAUUUAACUGGUGUAUUGCAAAAUGUAUGAAUGUUUGAAGAAAUAACAAUUUAAUGCAAAGACUUUCUCGGUUUAUCUGAUAGUAUCUGCAAGAAACAAGCUCUGUGCACACUUGCAUAUGAAAUGGAAUUGUAUGUUUUCUAGUUUUAAAAAAGAAAAAGCAGAUUUGCUUCUAAACUGAA